AUGGGGGAUUUGGAAUCUAUCUUGGCUUGUGCUUUUUGGGUCAUAAGGAAGGAGCCUAGUCCAACGUUGGCACCGCCUAAUUCCCACCCUAAUAGCUGGUCUUCACCAUUGGAAUCCCAAGGAGUCAAGAUCAACUAUGAUGCGGCCAUCAAGCAUGGAACUUGUGGAUCACCACCAAACUCUGUUUUUAUUGUUUUCUCAACUCUUCUGAAAACUGUGUUGUUUCUUUGUGUUGAAAAAAUAUGUUUGUAUUUGGUUCCUGAACAGAGAUCCUCUGCUUUCUUGACUACAUCCAGGUGCACAGAUCAUGCUCCAGAAGCAUUAGAUAGAGCUUUGAAAGAAUUGCAACUUGACUACCUAGAUCUCUAUCUUAUACAUUUUCCAGUCCGCAUGAAAAAGGGAUCAGUUGGAUUAAAGCCUGAAAAAGUUAUACAACAUGACAUACCAAGUACAUGGAGAGCAAUGGAGGCACUCUUCUACUCUGGCAAGGUUAGAGCCAUAGGAGUGAGCAAUUUCUCUUCAAAGAAGCUUCAAGAUCUGUUGGAUAUGGCAAGAGUUCCUCCAGCUGUUAUACAAGUGGAAUGCCACCCACAAUGGCAGCAGCCAAAGAUGCAUGCAUUUUGCGAGUCUAAAGGGAUUCACCUAACUGGAUACUCUCCUCUGGGAUCAGGAGAUGCUAGUGGUGACAUCCUUAAAUAUCCAGUUCUCAAGGAAGUUGCAGAGAAAUUAGGGAAGACACCAGCACAAGUUGCCCUUAGAUGGGGCCUGCACGUAGGUCAUAGUGUUCUGCCUAUGAGUAGUAAUGAGGUUAGGAUCAAGGAAAAUCUGGAUGUGUUUGACCGGCCCAUUCCUGAAGAUUUGAUGGCCAAAUUCUCUGAAAUUAAGCAGGCAAGUACUUAG